AUUUCUCCGGUUGACUGUAAUUGAGACUACAAACAAGACACCAGAGAGGAACACGGCUUCGGAGAUGCUUGAAUUGGACAGCCGGAAACCCCUUCGAAUAUUCCUCCGGCAAUCCUUUGUUCCCUGCAUAUCCUUCAUAGUCGUCUUACGAAGUUGAAUUUUUACCCUAAAUCAUUAUGAUUUGGUAGCAAAUUGAGUUCAAUUCACAAUCAAUCCAACCCUGUUUGCUAUCAGAAUCAAUCGCAAUCGAUGAAUUACGCCUUGAUCCGCUAUUUAUUUGCCGAUUUCUUGCUCUUUCUGCUGUUGUUUGGAUCGAUUGACAGCGUUCAAAACUUGGAAAUCUCGAAAGUCAAUCAAGCACCGGCUAGGCGGUCUCUAUUAUCUUUUCCGGAUAAUCAUGACACUGCCCUUGUUGCUGCAUUGGAUGGAACAAUCAAUUUGGUAUAUCGUGAUUCUGGGAGGAUAAUUUGGUCAUUUGCAUCAGGAUCACCAAUCUACUCUUCAUACCAGACUUCUACCAGCCAUGAUGAUGAUAAGGAAAGUGCACCUGUGCCUGAAGGCAGUUAUUAUGUAGACUGUGGGGAUGAUUGGAAGCUGUAUGCACAUACAGAUCUUGGCAAAGUGAGUAUGGAUAUGACUAUGGAGGAAUUCAUCAGAAUCAUGCCACAUGUAUCAGAGGAUGGAGGAGUUAUUCUUGGAUCCAAAAAAACUACUGCAUUUGUAGUUGAUGCUAAUACUGGAAGGUUAAUACGUGUUCACCACAGCUCAUCAACCAAUGAACACUCACAUUUCAUCUCCCAAAAAACCACCAUGAAAAAUGAAAAGUCAACUAUGGUCAAUGAAAAACCCGAUAAACAAUUCUCCUUCACAAGAACAGAUUACUUACUCACAUCAUUUGCUGCAAAUUCUGACAAAGUUUUAUGGAAUGUGACAGUAGCAGACAUUGAUGUUGCUUUACUUUGUCAAGAAACUCCAAAUAAAAUCAUUCGUCCAUCUUUACCUCUCCCAAAUAAUCUUCGUUCAAAAUCCAGUGUUGACUUUGACUUUGACUUUGACUUCAACAUGCCCUUGUCAUGCCAGUCAAAAGCUAUUGUCCAUAGGCUACGUACACCUCAUAAGCUCAAUUCCUAUAAAAUCCAUGGAAAACAAGCAGAAAAAAAAGUUCCAAUCCUUCUACUCCCUAAAAAUAAACCUUUACUACCCAAUCCUAACAAUGACCUUGACACCCAAAACCCCGAAAUCCCAAGUCAACAAAAUGUAAAAAAAGUCAACUUUCUUUCCGAAGGGCGAAUGGCGUUUGUUGUAAUUUUCAUUCUGAUUAUUGCCAUUGGUGGUCUUAUGUAUCGCCAUCAUACCAUGAUGGCUGCAAUGUUGAACAAAAAACCUUCUUCUUCUAGAAGAAAGAGGCAUAGGAAACAAGGAAGGAUUUAUGCCAAUGAAGAUGGAAAUAUCGAUAGUGAAAGAAAUCCAGUGCUAAAUUUUAAUCAUUUAAUCGAAUGUGACACAGAAGGGCGUUCUAUAGGCAAACUAUUUGUGUCAAAUAAAGAAAUUGCAAAGGGUAGUAAUGGAACAGUUGUUCUUGAAGGGGUAUAUGAAGGUCGUAAGGUUGCUGUGAAACGCCUUGUGAGGGCCCACCAUGAUGUUGCAUUUAAAGAAAUUCAAAAUCUUAUUGCUUCUGAUCAACAUCCAAAUAUUGUUAGGUGGUAUGGAGUUGAAUAUGAUCAUGAUUUUGUUUAUCUUUCUUUGGAGCGUUGUGCUUGUAGCCUUUAUGAUUUAAUUCAAAUGAAGAAAGGGGGUUUAGAAUUCGAAUUAGAUUCAAAUCAUUCAAUCAAUGGUGACAUCAUCAUGCAUGAUGUUCAUUUAUGGAAACCAAAUGGAUACCCUUCGCCUAUUUUGUUAAAAUUGAUGAGGGAUAUAGUAUCUGGGCUUGUUCAUUUGCAUGAAUUAGGGAUCAUUCAUCGGGAUUUAAAGCCACACAAUGUGUUAAUAGUCAAAGAAAAGUCAAUAUGUGGGAAGCUUUCUGACAUGGGAAUAAGUAGACGCCUUGUUGGCGACAUGUUGUCAUUAGGACUCCAUGCUACUGGUUCCGGAAGUUCAGGGUGGCAAGCGCCUGAACAACUUCUUCAUGGACGCCAAACACGCGCCAUAGAUUUGUUCAGUUUAGGUUGUGUCCUGUUUUUCUGCAUGACAUGUGGCAGACACCCAUUUGGUGAUCAUCUUGAACGCGAUGUGAAUGUGGUCAAAAACCGAGUCAACCUUUUUCUAGUUCGACAUAUUCCGGAAGCUUUUGACCUCUUCUCUCGAUUGCUAAACCCUAACCCUGAACUCAGGCCAAGGGCUGUGGAUGUGUUGCAUCAUCCUUUGUUUUGGGAUUCCGAGGUGAGAAUGUCGUUUCUAAGGGAUACUAGUGAUCGGGUGGAAUUGGAAGAUCGGGAAUGUGAUUCCGUUCUUCUGAGGGAAUUGGAAAGUAAAGGUCCGGUGGCUUUGGGUGGAAAAUGGGAUGAAAAGAUGGAACCGGAAUUCAUCAAUAACAUUGGUCGAUACAGGCGGUAUAAAUACAACGGUGUCCGUGACUUGCUUCGUGUUAUUCGAAAUAAAUUAAAUCAUUACCGCGAAUUACCCAAAGAAAUUCAGGAUUUGUUGGGAGGUGUACCGGAAGGAUUUAAUGAUUAUUUUGGGAUUCGGUUUCCGAAACUGUUGAUGGAGGUGUACAAUGUUAUGUACCAUUAUUGUAAGGAUGAAGAAUGGUUCUAUAAGUACUUGGAGCAUUAAUAACGUAUUGUGGUGUGCCAACUUUUUAAACUUAUUUAUAUGUAUGUAUAAAUAUAUUUCAUAGCGGCUGUUGUGUUUAUGUAAAUAUGAUAUAUGUAAUAUAUAGUAAUGUAUGAUAUA